UUCUUUCUCUUUAAUUCCCUUUCAUCAGCUUGCUACUUUCUCUUUAAACAAAGGUGUGUGUAAAAUCCUAAGUUUCAAUGUGUAUACUGAUCCACUCUAGUAGAUGCCUAGACAAAACCCUUUCCUUCGUCGUGCAUCUUCGCCAGGUGACAUUAACAAUAACGAAUCAAAUGGUCCAAUAACGUCUGCUCCACCCGUUCCCUCUUUUCAUCCUGGAAAAUUAGCCCAAGCUUCUCUUUCCGAAUCUGCAUUAAAGGUGCCUUUAAAACCAGUAGCGUUUAAAAACACUCAGCCAAGAGCAACCAGUAUGCGACCAUCGAGAUUUAUCAAAGCUUCCACUCCUACUUCUUCGACAUCUUCACCUCUUGUAGCAUCUGACCAUAGCAACGGUAAAGAGACGCAGAUCGUGAACAAUUCAGAAAUGACCUCAUUUAUUGGAUUAUUUGAAGCCUUUACACAAAAAGUUUAUAUCGAAGGAUAUUUGAUGCGGUAUAAUGACACAGAAUGCAGUAACAGUAGCACGGUCUCCUUCAGCUCGGAUGAUAGCCAACAAAAAAAGACAAAGACAAAGAUGUUUGUCGAAUUAAGUGGAUCAACGCUCAUCUUAUGGGACGCGGAAGCACCUGGAAGCAGUAUAAUGCCAACGUAUACACAAAUCAUGGAUACAGCUACAAUCUAUGGUGAAAGCAUUGAAGGUGGUAAUAAAAAGACAAAAUAUGUCUUCACUCUCUGCAGCAACACAAAAUCCAAAACUAUGUUUGAGACCUCGGAUUAUGCAACAAUGGUGAGAUGGGUGAGCGCCAUCCGAUUGUCAUGUUUUGAAAAGCAAAGAUUACAUCAACUGUUUACGCAUAAGCUAUUGAUAAGCAAGGAAUCUGAAGAGCGAAAGAGUAUGAACUCGGCUUACCUUCAAGUAAGGGUGCCAGGCACAACGUUAUGGAAAAAGUAUUGGGUGGUACUGCCUGAUGGGAAAAAGACAAAAGCAAACAAGGCACAACAUGUGUCAUUGUAUGGAUCAAAGAGAUCAAAGACACCCCUGCUGACGUUAUCUGAUAUAAGCCAUGUCUACGCUAUCUAUCCAGAGUCACCGCAGUUGAUAGAAAAAGGAUCCAUGAUUAGAGUUGAUUGCAAAGUGAAUGAUAAAGAAGAAACUUGCUGGUUUAUGGCAGAUAAAUGUGAAGUGACAAUUCAGUGGCUCUUUAGCAUGUUUGACAAGUUUAAGCUCUAUGGACGACCGCUUGGCCUGCUGAAUGACUUUUUGAAUCCAUCUUCGCUCAACUUUGGUGAGCCAAUGCAAACAUCAAGCGGCGUACAAAGACUGUUUCUUGAAGUUGAUCAAGUGAUAAAAACUAUGGAUAUUGCGUCUAUCCCAGUCAAGCAUAUCGAGGAAACAUUCAUGGAAAUCAUCAAGAACAGUCAGUCUUUAGAACCUCCAGUGAUCAGACCUACAGGACUAAGGGCAAAUAGUCUACCUUUGAUUACAGUGAUAUCAGCUGAUGGUGAUGAGCAGAUAACCCAACAACGGUCCAGCUCUGACAAUAUUGCGGCUCUUCACGGUGAUAAACAGAAUGGUUCUGAGACAGACUCGACUAACUUGUCAUUCAAGUUUGCAAGGCAUGUUGCUGACUCUAGUGAUGAAAGCGACCAAGAUGACGAGGAUAUUGAAGAUGAAGAAGAGGAAUAUGAUAGUGAUAAUGAGCCCAUCGGAAGAAAGACAAAUAGCAGGACCAACUCAACUGUUGCCACGCCUUCCCCUGCCUCGUUUGCAGAUAGUCUUAUUCCCGAUUUUGACUUUGGUAAUGGCUUUGAUGUGCCUAAAGAUGUUACUGCAGCCGCUGUAGCAGCAGCGGUAGUUAACGCUUCCAGCUCAUUAUCUUCCUCUUCUGUAACAACUUCAAACAGUCUGGAUGAAGAAUACACUAUACCCAAAAAGCACAUUCGCAAGUUAUCGGUACCAGUGAAUGCUAGACAUGGCUCCUCAUUAAAUGAAUCACCUAGCUCAAACAAUCAAGAGUCCUCCCUGUUUGGUGAUUUCGACUUGACUGGCGAUUUUGGAAAGUUUUUAGAUCUGCCAAUGGAGCAACAUCAGCGUAAAUACUCGUUACCAGCUAAACUAUCCUUCGACAGACCAAGCGAAUCAAGAUCUACUACAUCUAGUACGCACAGUAGUCACCAUAACAAUAGCUAUCAUAACCACAACCGCCAAUGGGAGCUGGAUUGGAACAAUGAAAUGCAGGGUGCUGAAAGCCCUCAACAUAGGUCAAAGCACCCCUAUGAUGAUGACUCGUACGAUUCUGACUUUGAUGGCCCCUUGAUCCCUUCAUUAGGUGAUCACUUUGCUCCUCAAAAUAGCCUAUUAGAUACUUAUCUUGGCGAACAUCUGAGUGCUAAAGAACAAGUGGAAUAUGCUAAAGCAACUGGUCAACCUCUUAUACAAAUGCCAGUCAAGAAAGAGGGUCUUCCACAAGGAGGUUUAGUUGGUGUCAUUUCCCAGCGCGAGAAAGACAAGAAGGAAGGAAAUGGUUUUAGAGUAGCCGAACGAGUUAAUCAACAUUAUCAAGAUAGGAUAGAACGAGAAAAAGAACGGAGGAUACUAGAACAAAGACAGCAGCAGAUCAUGAAGCAUCAGGUAUACAUACCCCUAGUUAUUAAUUAAUCCAUUCUAAUAUCUCCCCCUAGAUGAUGCUGUAUGCUAACGGAUAUGGUAUGCCAAUGAUGCCAUUCGUAAAUCCCAUGAUGAAUCCGAUGAACUUUAUGGGUAUGAUGCCUGUCUUCCCUGCUCCAACAAAUAAUAAUAAUAAUAAUAAUACAUCACCAUGCAUGACACCUCCACCGCAUCCACCUUUAAAUAGUAAUGCAUCAAGUCCUCACAUGUCGCAUAUGCGACCCAUGUAUGGUCCACCUUCGCCAAUGAAUUACCAUUAUCAGUCUCCAAGUCUAUCUGCACCGCUUAUGAAUAGAAAUAGUCCUCGUCAAUCAGAAGAACUGGAUGCAAACAGUGGACCUCUUUUUAGAAAGCAUUCAGUAUCUCCUCUUUCUUAAUCCUACACGCAAACA